CAUAGCACUGCCCCCCACAGGCCUGUGACUUUUUUUGGCUGGGCAGUGUAUAUCAAAGUUACUCGCCCACUAUUAUAAAAAGAGGAUGUAGUGGGUGUGGCCAGUCCAAAAACUUCUGCAGGGAUUUAAUGCAAGCGCUCAGAGGGAGAAUUGUGCAAGUUGAGUCGCAGGCAAUGGCAGCUCAAUCAGUCAGCGUGCUAAUCACAGGGGCCAACCGAGGCCUGGGCCUGGAGAUGGUGAAGCAAAUGGUGGAGGCACCCCGACAACUGAGAAAGCUUUUCGCCUGUUGCAGGGAUCCAGAAGGGCCAAGAGCUGAGGCUCUGCAAACACUGGCAAAGAAGCAUCCUAACAUCAUCUCUGUCGUCCGCCUCGACGCAGAUGACCUUUGCAGCAUAAAACAAUGUGUCCAGCAGGUGGGCCUUCUGGUCGGGACGGGGGGUCUCAACCUGCUGAUUAACAACGCAGCAAUCCUCUUCAGAAGCAACCUACUGGAAAUAAGUCCUGAGGAGAUGCAGAAGACCUUCAAUACCAACGUCAUGGGCCCGAUGAACAUCAUUAAAGAGUUCUUGCCUCACCUGCGUGCAGCAGCAAAGGCCAGUGGGACACCAGGAAUGUCUACCAGCAAAUCAGCUGUCAUCAAUAUCUCCUCUACUCUGGGUUCAAUGCAAUAUAUUCACCAAUCAUAUGACUUCAUACCCGGGGUUUCCUACCGCGUCAGCAAGGCUGCACUGAACAUGCUGACUGCGUGUGCUGCAGAGGAACUGAGGAAGGAGGAGAUCCUGUUUUCUGUGCUGCAUCCAGGCUGGGUGCGCACUGAGUUGGGGGGAGAGAAUGCGGAUAUUGAUGCUCAGGAGAGUGUGCUGGGAAUGCUCGAUGUGAUGGCCUCCAUGACUGAGAAGCAGAGCGGAGCCUUCCUGGACUACAAAGGAAAACCCGUUCCUUGGUAGCGUCAGACCAAUUCAUAAACUGCAGUCAAUUACUCCAAGUGAAAUAAACCAAUUGUUGUUCGAA